ACCAGGAAGAAGAUCUUCACUGUUUGAUCAUGGCAGAUACUGAGGAGAAGGUUAACAAGGCGAAGAAGCUGGUGCAUAAUGUCAUUGAGACGGUGGUCAAAUCGGACACCGCAAGUACGACUGUCCUGAGCAGCGCAACUUCACCGCCAAUAUCAUCUGUCGCGUCUGUGGUAACGCUGGUCACAUGGCCCGUGAUUGUCCCGACCGUCAGCGCGGCUCUGACUGGCGCAACAACAACGGUGGCUUCGGCGGCCGCAGGGCCAUUGGCGGCGGUGACGCUGUCGACCGUGAGAUGGAGCAACUCAUGCAAGAAUUGUCUGGUGGCGCGCCCGGCGAAGACGGCCAUGUCCCUCGUCGGAUCGAGGCUGGCCCCGAUCAAGGUUAUGAUGACCGCGACGUGAAGCCAUGGCAGCGCGGACCUCCGCCCAGUGACGUGGCUCCCUGGCAGCAACGAGGCCGCGACCGCCGUGACGACUACGGCUCCCGCGACCACGGCAGUGCGCCUCCAUGGGCUGCACAGGGCCGUGGUGGUGGCGGUGGCGGCGACUAUGGCUAUGGCUCUCACGGUGGUUAUGGUGCACCUGGAGCUGCUGCUGCCUCCGCUGCUGCUCCUUGGCAACAGGCUGCUCCCCCGCCGCCCCCUGGCGGACAAGCAUCGUACGGAUACGGAGCUUAUCCUACGUACCCCGGCAUGGGUGCCCCUGGCGCUCCUCCGGGUCUGAGUGUUCCUCCUCCGCCGCCGGGCAUGCCGUCGAUGUACUACGGCUCUGGCAGCCCACCCCCUCCGCCUCCUGGCGAGGGUCCCCCGCCUCCGCCGCCUAGUGACCAGCCUCCCCCGCCUCCCCCUCCCGCUUAGAGGAGAUGCGACAUGAAAAAGUGGUUAAUGUUGAUGCAAAUGAUAGCUAGGGACACCGGUAAAGGAAUCCGGCCCGGGUAAAUUGAUAGUGCACGUAGGACACUGGCGAUGAUAGUUUUAACAACUCUCUCUGUGUAAUAAUUAGGUAGUCCAGCAUCAAGCGUUCUGCUGUAAUUGUUUUGCUUCCACUUUUCAAUAAAUUCGAGACUUAGUUUGCCG